AUGAACGAUAAAAUUAAUGAAAAUUCAAGAGACUCAUUAGAAUCAUUGUUUGAAAAAUAUGAUAAUAAUAAGAAUGUAUUAAAAGGAAUCGAUUUGAAGAUUAACAUUGAUCAAGAUUCAUAUGAAUCAGAUUCAUCUAGUCAAAAAUCAAAGGGUACUCCUGAAUAAACUGAUAAUUCAUGUAUUUCUAUAUAAGAGAUAACUACAUAUAGUAAGGAGAAAAAACUAACCUUUCAACCAGAACUAAUCGAAUUAAAAUAAUAAAAUAUAUAUGAAGUAAAUCAUAAAAUAAAAGAAUAGUAGAAAACUAAAUCUAAAUCAUUAGAAGAGAUUAAUAGACAAUUCAAAUUAUAAAAAGAGAAUCCUCCUAAAUUAAAUUUAAGUAAAACUUUAGAUAAGAAAAAAUAAUAACUUUUAUAGCCUCAACAAAAACAAAUUAUGAAUCCUAAAUUAUUGUAGAUUAAUAGCUACACAGUAAGUUCUUCAAAACCAAAGAUUGAUAAGAUUAGAUAAUUAUCUAUUAAUCCAACUAAAAAUAUUGUUAAAUAAGAAACUAUUAAGGAAUCUAAAAAAUCAUUACAUAUUGAAAAAGCUAAAUAACAAUGUCCUAUUUUAAAAAAAACUAAUUCCUAAAUAACUUAAGAUAAAAAGACAUUUUAAGGAAUGUUUUAAGAAAAAAGCGGGAUUUUUACAGUAACAGGUAAACCAAUAUUUGAGUUCAAUUCUUUAAUAAAAUAUUUAUUUUUAAAAGAUUACAGUAAGGAUUCUGAAAAUGAAAUAUAUAAUAAGAUACCUAAAAAAUUUAAAUCAGAUACAGAUUAUUGUAAAAUAUUUGAAUACUUAUUUUUAAAUGAAGCAUUUCAUUAAAUAAAAUAAGAAUUAUAAAGAAUUAAUAAAUAAAAAUUUAGAAGAAUUUAAAUAAAAUAAGAUGAUGUUGAAAUAGAUAAAGAUGGAUUAAUCUUUUAAAUGAGAUAAUAUUAAUAAAAUCCAAAAGAGAAGAAUAAGGAUAGAAAUAAUGAAACUGAAAAAAAAUAGUAGGAUGAUAGUGAUGAAAGUGUACAUAAAGAAGAAAGUAUAUGUGACUUAACAUCUUUAAAAAAUUACAUUGUCAUAAUAAGCAAUAAAUUUUCAUUUAAUCCAGCAAAAAUAAAUAAGUAAAUAUAUAUAUUUAAUUAAAUUUAGAAUUAAAGAAAAACGUCAAUUAUUUUUUGGUAUGUUAAUAGAACCUUAAACACAUCAAUAUUUAAAUCAAAUUAAAAUUUAAACUUUUAUUCCUAGAGAUCCAUUAUAUUAAAAUUGGAUUUCAGUAUAUUUAUUUCCUUUUGUAAAAAUUACAACUUAAAUUAGGUAAUAUAUAUUUUUAAUUUUAGAGAAUAUUUAAUGAUCAAUAAAAUAACAUAAACACCUUUAUAUCCAUUAAUUUUGGAUCCAAAAUCAUAAUAAAAUUUAAUUGGUGCUGAUAAAGAUAAAAUUUGGAAUAUAAAUUCUUAGAAUAUAAUUCCAAAUGGAAGAGUAAUGGAUCCAUUUUUUAAUUAUAUUAAUUAAAAUUUUAACCUUUCAUAGGCCACAGCAAUUUAAUAAUUAAUAUUAUAAGAUAGAGGUAUUUGUUUAUUAUAAGGACCUCCUGGUACAGGUAAAACACAUACUUUAAUUGGUUUAUUAUCAGGGGUCUAUGAAUAUAUGAAAAUAAUGAAUAAAUUUCCAAAGAAAAAGAUUUUGAUUUGUGCUCCUUCAAAUGCAGCCAUAGAUGAAAUUAUAUUUAGAAUUUUAUAAGGAGGAUUAUUUGAUAGUGAAGGUAGAUCUAGAACAGUGAAAUUAGUGAGAUUAGGUGUUUUAGAUGAAGAAAAUGAUAAAAGUGUUAUAAUCAAAUAGGUUUCUUUAGAAGAUGUAGCUUAAUAUUAAUUAUUCAAUAAAAGUUCUUUUAAAGCAAAUUCAGAUUAAAAGACAACAGGAGAAUUAAGAAUUGAAUUGAGUAAAACAACAUAGGCUAUAAAAAAAAUAAAAGAAAAUGAAAAAUAUGAUGAAUAACAAAAGAAAUAAUUAAAUGAAUUAUGGAAUAAAAGAAAUUAAUUAAUGUAGUAUUUAGAAUAAGUAAGAACUAAUAAAAGAAAUUAAAAAGAAAAUUAUGUUCUUUUUUGUGAAAAGAUUAUAAGUGAAGCUGAAAUACUUUGUUCAACUUUAAGUACUGCUGGGACUGAUAAAUUAAGUAAAUUUAUUGAUGCAUUUGAAUUAUUGAUUGUUGAUGAAGCAGCAUAAUGUACUGAACCUUCUAAUAAUAUUCCAUUAAGAUUAGGAAUGAGAAAGAUGAUAUUGAUAGGUGAUCCUAAAUAAUUACCAGCUACAACAUUUUCAUCAAUUUCAUAAAUUACUCAUUAUAAUAGAAGUUUAUUUGAAAGAAUUUUAGAUAAUGAUUUUAAACCAUUCUUUUUAGACAUGUAAUAUAGAAUGCAUCCUCAAAUUAGAGAAUUUCCAUCAUUAAACUUUUAUGAUAAUAAAUUAAUUGAUCAUUUUUCUGUUUAUGAAAGAUUGAUACCUACUAAUUUUUUUAAUUAAAGAGUAUUAUUUAUAGAUAUUGAAAGUGAAGAAACUAAAGAUGAAAAAUCAUUUUAAAAUUAAACUGAAUGUAAUAUGAUUGUAGAAGUUUUGAAGAAUAUUAAAAAUGCAUAUCCUACUUAAAGUUUAGGUGUUAUUUGUGCAUAUAAGGCUUAGGUUAGAUUGAUUAAAUCUGAAAUUAAGAGAUAAAUAGGAGAUCUAAUGGAUGACAUUUAAAUUAAUACAGUAGAUUCAUUUUAAGGUUAGGAAAGAGAUGUUAUAUUGUUUUCUUGUGUUCGAUCUUCAUCUUCUGGAAAUAUUGGAUUUCUUUAAGAUGGAAGAAGAGUUAAUGUUGCCUUAACAAGAGCAAGAAAUGCUUUAUUUAUUUUUGGAAAUGCAAUUACAGUAAAAAAUAUUAUUAUUAUAUUAGUUGGCAUAAUGUUAAUUAUGGAAGAACCUAUUAUUAAAUUUGCACAAUAGGAAGCUUUACAGAUAUGUUGGAAAAAAUGAUUAUUUUUCAUUUAAAAUUUUAGCAGAAGAUAUUUGGUUUGAUAGAUAAAGAAAAAUUCAUGACUAACUAUUAAAUCUUUUGAAUGAUAAAGAACUUAAUCUUUAGGAAGAAUUAAAAACUAUUGAAUAAAAUAAAGAUUAAGAAAUUUUCAAAGAUAAACAAGAAUAAUAGAAUAAUAAAACUGAAAAAAAUCUAAUUCAAUCACCAUCAUUAAGCUAAUUUCAUAAUCACAUUAAUAAUAAUAAUAAUAAUAAUCNGUUGAUGAAGCAGCAUAAUGUACUGAACCUUCUAAUAAUAUUCCAUUAAGAUUAGGAAUGA